CAACGACGAGUCGGUCCAAGAGCAGCAGCUCGACGAACGAUCUGCUAUCACCGACUUGUCACACUGGCCUGUCAUCGACGAUUCGACACGGCGCUAGUACAGCCAUUCUCCUGCUCCUUCCUCCACUUUCCGGCCUCACCAGUCGUGCCUCAAUUGGACACCGCCUUUCCUAGCUGUAUCCUAUACCGACAAUUCGUGCAUAGCCGUUGUGACGCCAUGAAUGGGAACGGGGAGCUGCCGUCCCUUCGGGGAACCAUCCGGCUUGGAGGUCAAAAAAAUUCCAGCAAGCUCAAUGCAGUCCAAAUUUUCGAUGUCAAGUUCUACCCGUAUGCACCUCCCGGCGUAGACCCCGUAUUUGCAAUAUGCGGAGGCACUCACGUCAUCAUCUGCCGAUGUGUACUGGAAAAGAACCAUACAAUCGAGAUCUUACGGUGGAUGGAAGACGAAGACGAUAGGACACCAGCCGACAAGCCACUCCUAUACAACAGUGUUGCAUGGUCGCAAGCUGAAAAUGGGAACCCGCUAAUUUGCGUGACUGGUAACAUGUCUGAGAUCAAGGUCCUGAACGUCGAAACAGGCGAGCUUGUGACAACACUGGCAGGACAUGGGCACGAUAUAAAUGACCUUGCGAUAUCACCAACAGACCCUACCAUCUUGGCAUCUUGCAGUAGAGAUCAAAGCGUUCGGUUAUGGAGUCUCGACCCUACUCACAGAGAACAACCGCUUGCAGCAAUAUGCCAUGGACAAGGCCAUAGAGAGGAAAUCCUUACACUUGCCUAUCACCGCAAAGGUCGCUACAUCUUGACUGCCAGCAUGGACACUAAGAUCAACAUGUGGACUGUACCCAAAAACAUCAAGGACUACAUGGGGACAGACAAGCCCGCCAUAAUCCAUUAUCCUCACUUUGCCACUACGGAAGUGCACACUGAUAUGGUAGAUUGUCUUCGAUGGUCGGGCGACUUGAUUUUCAGCAAAGCUGCCCGAGAAGGCAAAAUAAUUCUCUGGAAGAUAGACGGGUUUACAUCAGAGACUGACAUAGUUCCUCCGGCUCCGAUCCCAACAUCAAGUGCCGUCAAAAGCAAGACAACAGUCACGAUUCCUAAAAACCACACAUCGAACACGCGCUCAGCAUGGGGAGGACGCUUCCAGAGGCUUCUCCAGUUCGAUUUACCAAACACUCCAGAAUUCUACAUGCGCUUCUCUGUGUUUAGUGGACUAGGUCGCCAUCCAGUUCUGGUUGCUGGCGAUGCAAAGAGCAAGGUUUCAUUUUGGGAUCUUCAACGCCUCGAGAAGUCCGACAUAGGUGAAGAAAUGUUGAAGUUACCCGUUGGCCUGGCACAUCACAUUCGCGACGAAAGUUCCGCUUCUGAUGCUCCAUCUGCUGCGAGCGCUGGUUCAGGUGCUUCGAAAACGAAACGGAAGAAGACGACAUCACAAUAUCGCGACAAAGGUAUAAGCGAUCCUUUCUUUUCGAUUAAACCGCACAAGACUGUCGUGGUACCCAAGUACGUAGAAUUCUCAUUUCGCCAGUUUGCGUGGAGCGACAAUGGCGAGUGGUGCGUUGGUGUUGGAGACCAUGGUUUGAUCAAUGUGUUUCAUCGAUGGCAAAAAGGCGUACCGCCACUAGAAACGGACGCACCCUUGGAUAUUCCCAUACGACCGACAGUCACUUAGCUGCGUCUUCCAAUCUAGGAAUCCGCGUUCAAUACCAAGCUAAUGGCCUUAUGGCAUUCGAACCAAAUUACCGUCAAUAUAUGAUCAGACAAGCAAAACAUCAUUCAUUACAAGACGGCGUUAGAUCAUACACACAGCCAAAUGAAGCAGGUCGCUUUUCAGUAUGGCCAACCUCUUUGUGAAGGUUUUGAGUAGACUCUGGAGGAUCAUGUACAGAGCCUGCCAGCUCGCGAAAUAUUCUUUAAGCCAUAAUCCGAGGAAAAGUAGUACAUCUGAGUGAUCCUCAUCCAACCUUCCCACGCCGACGAAUGAGCAUUGCACGUAAGUAGAACCGUACAAAAACCAUUGGGCGAUUGUCUGGUCACCAUAAACCGUCAACUCCCUUGGUCACAGCACGACUCGACUUUUGACUGCACUUUGAAUCGUCUCGCAAGAGUCCGCCAGAAUUCAUGUUGGGCAGUGUAUCCACG